AUGACGCCUCUUCACUCGUCGCUCAGCGCUCUUCGCUCAGCCGACGACUUUCAGCUUGACCACCAGAUGCCUGAUCAUUCAUCGCCUGAGGAUCCGGCGGCUCGAACUGCAGCAGACCUGGCCUACGCGGCCUACGGAGACCAGGUUAAGAUCGACAGCGCGCUGUGCAAGAAGCUCGCCGCUGAAGUUGCGCUGCGAGAGCCCACUCAGCGCCGCGUCGACCAGAAGCUUAACAUUGAACGUCGAAGCAACGUUGAGGCUUUGCUCGCUCACAUGACGGGACAGACUGCCCCAAAACCGUGCAAGAACUGCCACAAGGGCCAUGGACCCUGGACCCAGUGCGUUGUGUAUGACGGCCAGAUGUGUGGAAGCUGUACGAACUGCUGGUUCAACGCAAGUGGCUCAAGAUGCACGUUUCAUGAGAACAACCAUCCGCAGCCGCAGACCUUGUUCGCAGCCUCUGUCGCUGCUUCGGCAAAUCUCAUGUCUUUUCAACAACCUGCCCUCUCGCAGUCCACGUCGCCCAACGCGAAUCUCAAUCUCUCCGCAGACAUCACGCACUGGGGCCUGUCUGAGUCGACCAAGCAGUUGAUUACCCAGACAAUCACUGACGUAGCCACCUUCUCCCGAAGGGACCGUUUUCUUGCGCGAAUCGAGGCCGCUGCUAAGGAGCUCGGCAUGCGAAUCGCAGAAUACGAGGAGUUUCUGAGGACUCCCGAGGGCAUGGCGGAGCAGAAUGCUGCCUUGGAGAGGGAGCGGGCGCAGAAUAGUCACACUCAGGCUACUGAGGCUUCGAUGGCUGAUGCUCCUCCUGACGAAGUCCUGGGUUGA